CAAAUUUCUCUUUGCCAUAUUUGCCGCGAGAGAAAGAGAGAGAGAGGGGGCGAGCUGCUCCAUACUGCAGUGCUGGUGGAUUUCACAGUGAAAGGACAUGGAGGAAGCUCAGGAGAUCCUCCUCAGCUCUCUGGAACAGUUCGGGGUCUCUCUUCCCACUGGGGUUUCGUCGAUCCGCGAGAUGGCUCCUUCUGUCUUGAUCUCCAUAUGUUCCCAGUCUCUAAAUCUCAUGGAUUCUUCCGUCUCCUUCCCUACUUCCUUGCCAGAUUGCACAGCGGAGAGAAUCGAUAUCUGUACCAAGAUCACGUCCUCCAUCAAAGCUCUGGGUUACAGAGGGGAUUUGAGCUUCCAUCAGUUCCUUUAUCUUUCUAGUGUGGAUGCAUAUAAUUUAGUCAGAUUUCUGGUGGAGAAGUUGUCAAGGUCAUCUGAGAGCAUAAAACUUGAUGGAGAAAGAGUGAUAAUUUCCAGAUCUAAGAAGAAUGAGUCUUGUUCUGAUGUUGUUGAAGAUCCAUUAAGAGGUUGGACAAAAGGGACUGAUAUGCAUGAAGUGGAUCAAACCGGUCAGGCAGCUCCUGUUAAGUCAAGUUCCUUAAGAAUUGGACCUAUGAAAAAUGCAUGUGAAGAAAGGGUGGCAUCAGGUAUUAUUUGCCAUAUAAAUGCAAGUCCAGGAAUAGAUCUCCCUGCUAUGGAAUUUGAUAAGCUGAGACUUUCAAAUAUAGGUUCAUCUGAAGCCUUGGCUGCCCCUAUCAAGAAGGAUUUGUCAGCUGAUGGCUGUCCAAUUCGACCUAUACAUGGAUUGUUUCCAAAUGAGCAGUUAGAGCAGAGAAUGUUGCAAUCAUGUGAAGAAGGUCACACGUUGUCUGCAGAAGGGUGUAUUCAACAAAAAGAAAAGCUACUUGAAGAAGUUGAAGAAACACAAGUGCAAGUGCCUAUAAGUAGAAUACAUGAGAACCAAAAAGAUGACGUAUCCGUUCGCCAAAAUGGAAAGUCAGUUUUCCUUCCAGAAAAAUCAAUAAUGUUUCAAGAAAAGGAUUUGAACCAAGGGAUGGGUGGACAUUUUCCCAAGCCUGAGAAAUCAACCACGGAGAUGGCAUUUGGUGACCAAUCUCAUGCUGAGUUCAUGGGGAAGAAGCCAGGCAUGAAAGAGGAUAGCCUAUUGGAACUGCAGUUAGAAUGGGAUGCAUUCCGACUUACAGUGGAGGAGACCAAAAACAACCUCAUUUUAUCUGGGCAGUCAGAAAAGCCAGAAGUCCAGGAAAAACUCAGGCAAUUGGAUGAAAUUCGGAAAGAAAUAGUUGAUAUGAUGUCUAGAGUUAUCAAGAGAGAAGAGGAGUAUUCGAAACUUUCGAUGGGAUUGGAAAAACAACCAAAGAUGGCACCAAGAAGUUACUAUAUCCAGCGGAUAACUGAGCUUUUUAAGAAUAGCUGGAAACAAGAUGCAGAUAUUAAGCAGAUCAUGAAAGAUACAUGGCAGCUUCAAUUGGAAAUCAAUUCGAUCCAAGAACGUCUUGGUCGUACCUACACAGUUGUUGAUGAUGCUGUAUUCAGGGAUGCCAAGAAAGACCCUGUGAGGAAACAAGCCUAUAGGCUUUUAGUCAGCAUUCAUGAGAGCUUCAGCGAGAUCGCAAACACAAUUCUUGCGAUUGAUAGGGUGAAAAGAGAAGCUUCAGAUUAUGAAGCCAAGCUUGCCUCCUUAUCAUCCAGUUACUUUGGGAUUGAUAAACUUGAAGCUGAUCUUAAUUCACUGCAGAAAGAAAAUGAGUUGUUAGAGCAGCAGAGACUGUGAUGCUGUGUUCUUUUUUUUUUUUUCCCUUUUCUUUCCUCUACAUAUUUUACAUUCUGUAUCUAGAUUUUUGUCCUUCAAUAUUCAGUCCAUGGCGCUUGUUCUUUCCAGUUGAUUCAUUCUAGCUGUGUGUGUGCGCACACAUGUGGAAAAGUUAUGGCAUUCUUGUUUUGUAUAUUC